AUAACUUCCGGGAUAUAUGUAUGAUAUAGUUUGAUGGAAAAAUGGCGGUGACCAUCUCGCAUAGUGGAGGCACUCAAUUAAGGUCUUUAGAAAAGGUGCUUGAAGAUGCUCAAAAAUCGGGAAAACUGAACCUGGGCGGAAGGAAUUUAAGGGACUAUCCUAAAAGUGCAGAAAAAUUCGAUUUGUUUGACACUGUAGAGAUCGAUCUGUCGAAAAACAAACUGAGUGAGCUGCCCUGUGAGCUAUGUUCUUAUACAGCAUUACAAAGAAUAACGUGUUAUAACAAUGUCAUCAGAGUGGUACCUGAAGAAAUCGUCAAUCUCAUGUCUUUAUCAUAUCUCAAUUUAAGUCGAAACCAGCUCAGUGUCUUACCUAUGCAAAUAUGUGAUCUGUUCCUUGAAGUCCUAAUACUAAGCAACAACAAAUUAGUCUCGUUACCUCCAGAAAUUGGCAAGUUACGAACAUUAAUGCUUCUGGAUGCUUCCUGCAAUGAAUUGGACAACUUACCGAAUGAGAUCGGGGAGAUGUCAGGACUCAAAGAGUUAAACAUCAGAAGAAAUCACCUUGUCACAUUACCAGAUGAAAUCAGCAAGUUAAAACUAGUGAAGCUUGAUAUCUCAUGCAACAAGAUCCAGCUGAUUCCACCUUGCUACCGGACCAUGCACACGCUAGAUACCUUCGUAGUGGACCACAAUCCUCUCACAAACCCUCCAGCUCAGGUCUGUACCAGAGGGAGAGUACACAUAUUCAAAUACCUUGCCACAGAGGCUACCAGAGCGGACAAGAGGAGAGGCAUGAUCGAGCAGAGUGAUUGGAACUCAACAAGGCAUCCAUACAACACCAAAUACCGCUGGUUCUCAGCCAAAAACACCUCCACUCUCUCCCUCCAAGAACUCCCCCCUUCCAAACCCUCCCCCGAUACCUCCCCCACCACGCCCUCCUUCUCCACCUCCUCCGCUUUCUCCUUCUCUACUUCCGAUCUUGCUCCUCUUUCCUCCGAGCCAGUUUUCACCGGGAUUGAUCUUAGUAUGCAAGAUGAGAUCUCACUCUUCAAUCAUAAGAUGAGUCAACUCAAAAUGGCCGACUCUGGAUACUUGGAAGGAGAUAAAAGGUGGUCUUCGUCAGAGCCAAGCAAUGAAGAUGAAGAAGCAAAGUACCUGGCAGAGAGGGCUUCCCAACAGAAAGAAAAGAGGCAACAGAAAUUCAUCCCGGAGCCUUCACGGACCUUCAGACCGAACGACAACCACAUCGACUACAUCGAUGCCGGCGAGGAUGACGACGAUGGAGUGACGCCUACGCAGAGCCCCGUCCAGACUCCGACGUCGGCCGAGCUGGACCCAUUUACGAAGGUGACUGAUUAUGAGCUGGAAAGACAGAAGGCUUUGUACGAGGAGAAGAAGAGAGUAGCGCGAGAACAACGACUAAGGGCAGAAGUGGAGGAAGAGCAAAGGAAGAAGAAUGGAGAACAAACACAUGUUAACAAUGAUAGACUUUCUGUGAACUCUCAAGAAACGGCUGGUGUGAGAAGACUAAGCAGUGAAAGUAGGUUACAAAAGCCAGGGGUCAUCGUCGGGAAUGAGGAAAGAAGACUAAGUGCCAGCAAACUAGCCAAUGGGUCAUCGGCAGCUACCACUAACGGAAACAGCAGCACUAGUAGGAGAACAAUCUCAUCGUCAACGUCGGCGUCACACAGUAUUGGAAGGCCGCGAUCCCUCUACGUUGAUAAGAAAGCACCAAGAAGAGCUACAGUCGGAGGUACUGACGAGAGUAAACGGGCGUCAACGGGAGAUAGAUAUAGCAAUGUCAACCAUUCUGUGGCCAAUGGAAGAGUGAGACGAGGAGCGUCCGACUCAGAUGCUAGUUUAACCAACCAAGUAUCCCCAGAGAGGCACAAGGCUCAGGUCACACGAAGGACGGAGAUAGAAGAGAAGACCAGGACCAAACAGGCCCAGAGGGACGCAGUACUCAAUUAUUACAAGACGAGAGCAUCGCCACCCCCAGGGAGCAGGAGAGAGACGGAGGCAGCAAACAAUUCCAGAAACUCACCCUCACCAAACAGCAGUUCAGCCUUCUCUAAUAUCAAACCUAGAUCAGCAUUCAAUAUAGGAGGUGGCAAACCAACGGGAGACGGUCUUCAAGCAAACUUUACUGCAAAGAGAGAAAAAACAAAAUGGGCAGAAGAGCUAGAAAGAAUUGAACAACUAAGAAAGUGCAUUGAAUCGCGAUUGAAAGUGUCCUUACCAGAGGAUCUAGCAGAAGCGCUGAUGGACGGGGUGGUAUUAUGUCAUCUAGCUAAUAACAUUAAAUCUCACGUCAUAUCAAGCAUCCACGUUCCUUCCACUGCAGUGCCUAAGUUAACCCAAGCCAAGUGUAGAAGAAAUGUUGAUAACUUCCUAAAAGUGUGUACAGCCGCGGGUGUGCAAGCCGAGAAACUAUGUUCACCGGCCGAUAUACUAGAGGGCAAGGGUCUACCCAAAGUGGCUACGACGGUGAGAACGCUUCUAUCGCAAACGACUGUCCAGACCAAGCAAUGGGCCGUCUGAAAGUCAAAGACAUUGAUGAACUUUUUCUUGCGAUUGCGAACCAUUUCUGCAGGGAUCCAGCAAGAAUUAACUAUCCCACGUGUAUCUACUAAAAAUAUUGAGUUUUUCUAUAGCGCUCAUAACUGUCACGCUAUGACGCUCAUGUCGCUUCGGCAACUACUACCAAUGCUACGCUGACAAUGUUCUUCUACUUCAACCUCUAGGUAGAAUAUAUUGGCAGUUCAGGCCAUUGAAGCAGUGAGCUGUUUGGAAGACGCGAGAUACGAUGAAAUUACAUGUAUGUGUGCAGGGGAUUGAGCAAGAAUAGAGUACCGGUGUCCUAU